UCUAAUAGCUGGCGGUAAUGCAACAUUUAUUGAAUGCCAACCGCCGGUAAACCUCAUCGAAGAAGAAAAUUAAGGCGGCGCUCCGUAGUUUUGAUACCUCCUAGCCAACUUCCGAUUCCGAACUUCCCAAGGAGAACGAAGACGGGCGAAACAACGCGAAGGUAGGCUAUGGCUCGCGGGCAACAGAAGAUUCAAUCCCAGCAAAAGAACGCCAAGGCGGCAGCUGCUAAAAAGAAGGGAGCAGCAGCAGACCAGAAGACUGCAGCCAAGGCAGCACUUGUCCACACCUGUCCUGUCUGCCGGACGCAGAUGCCGGAUCCGAAGACAUUCAAGCAGCACUUUGAGAGCAAGCAUCCCAAGUCCCCAAUGCCACCAGAGCUGGUUGAUGUUGAGGCUUAAAACGAUCACACACACACAACGGACCUACAGUUGGGAUACACGAUUUUAACACUGCGACUGGUAUAAUGGCGUCAAGGGACAUAACACUGAGACCCCUGGACAUGGGUGGGGGAAUAUUUGUGUGACGACGUACAAUGGGGGCAGAAGCUCACCAGCCCCCCAUCUUAUAUGUCCAACCACCCCUGAACGUCAGACUGUAUCGAAGCAACCAUCUUACUUCUAUGAGCCCAAGUUGAACACGUACAUCCCAUAUUCCUAUGCUGCUUCCUUCACUUAAUUCCUCUUUCAAUAACAUCUAGACUAAUUUACAAGUCUACAAGUUUCAUGACUUUUUUUGCUACUUUUUCUCAUCUGUAUACUGCUGUCCGACGUUUGCCCCCAACUCUUUUCUAUACCUCCUCCCAUGCACUCUUGUUCAGAUGUUCUUGAUCAUUUCUGCUUUCUUUGAGGAGGGUGUCAUGGAUUUGAUAUAAGGUCAAGACCGUGCCUGGUUCUGUCUAUAUAAAGACCCUGGUCGAAACGAGGCCAAAUCCUGUAGUAGUUUUGGUCUGUAUGCAAAGAUCACUUUUGAUAAUCCAUGUUGUAACAAUUUUUGUUGUUGCUUUUUACCAUUUCCAAUAAAUGUUGCGAUAUAUAUGGAAGCA